GUGCAAUUCUGUUCAUGAUGCUUCAGGUAACUUGCACAGUGUACCCCAUAGAUGUCAUUUACCUUUUUCGCUGUUCCAAGCUAUCCACCACCGUUCUUCAUGAUCGCUUCGUUGUCGUCUUCCAUACGAAGCUCCAUCUCUUCGCAGACCCACCUUACAGUGGAUGCUGCCACCGACUUGUGUCCCUGCGCGUCGGCGAUGGCGUGCAAGGCCGCAGUCUGCUGUCGGUCGCCGACCUCCAUCGAUCGCGUGUGCUGCGCGACUUCGUCCCCAUCCGCGUCGUCUUCCUCGUUCUUACCCGCCAAGCAACCAACCCCCCCGGCACCACUUCCCAACGCAACGUCGUCGGAUCUCCGCAUGCACUCGAUUGCGAUUCCAUCUGACGUCGGACAAAUCGACUACCUCGACGCGUCAUUGCCGUAUGUGGCCGUGUUUCAGGAGCAAAUGGGCACGUCCAAGGUCGCUCGCGGCCCAACAUCUGCCUACUACACACUCACCGAAUCGGGCCAAGCAGGGCUCGAGCACGCCACCGACGAACUGCAUCGCAUGUUUGUCCAUGCGACGCAGUACGUGCUGGACCACCAAGCCGAGUUUGCGCCACUGUUCCACUUUCCCGCGUCCCUCUGGCCUAAGAUCCAGCAGUCGUGGGCCAGUCGUUCCAAGGACGUCGUGGCCGCUCGCUUCGACUUUGCGUUGACCCCUCACGGACUCAAGACGUACGAGUACAACGCCGACUCGGCUUCGUGUUUGUUUGAGUGUGGCCACAGCCAAGACAAAUGGGCCGACGUCGUGGGCUUGGGGGGGCGCAGCAACAGCGACACGCUGUUCCGUCAACUGGUCGCGGCUUGGACCGCCAAGGAGGUCGUGGGGCAUCUGCAUUUACUCUGCGACGACGACCUCGAAGAACGAUACCAUUCCAUGUACAUGCAGGCCGCCGCGCAAGCCGCGGGUAUCCCGUGUACGUUGAUCGUGGGCAUCGAUUCGAUUUCAUUUGACAACGAACACGACGGGUUGUUUCGAGAUGCCAACAACGUGGUGAUUCAAAACGUGUGGAAGACAUGGUCUUGGGAAACUGUGCUCAAGCAGUACAAGCAAUCCACUGCCGCCACUUCGUCGACCCACGAGGCCGACCACCACAUGGAUCAUCAUCAUACUCGUUCGCCUCCAAACUCUCUGAAACGACCGCUGUCGUCGCCAACCACGUCCACCACGCCAGGGUCCACCAAAUUGAAACGAGAGGACGAUCAUCACGGGGUUGCCACGUCAUCGUCCAACCGUCGUCGCAACCUCCAACCUGUGCGACAAGUGAUGGACAUUCUCCUGCACGAGUCUGUCCGGGUAUUCGAACCCCUUUGGACCGUCCUCCCCAGCUCCAAGGCGAUCCUUCCCGUGCUUAGCAAACUUUACCCCUCGCAUCCGUACUUGUUGGCGUCCACGUUUGACGAAGCGGACGUUGUGCCAAUGUUUCCCAAAGGGUACUGCGCCAAACCCGUCAUGGGACGCACGGGAGCUAACGUGUCCAUCUACAACGACCGCCAUGAGCUCAUCAGCGCCACCGGCGGCGCCUGGGACAAGGACAACAUUUUGUUUCAGGAGCUGGCGCUGCUACCGCAAUACGACGGCAAGUACGUGCAAGUCAAUUGCUGGGCCAUUGACGGUCGAUACGGAGGCACGAUUUUGAGAGUGGACGAGUCCAAUAUCAUCGGCGGCAGCUCGGGCAUGUACGCCAUGCGUGUCGUACCAGACGAGGACGUGGCACCACCACAAACUCCGACCAAUGUAACAACCACAACGGACUAGGGUCGCGGUCUGUGUUGUCGUUGGGUGUGGUUGGUUGUUUUGCGAUAUUUUUAUUUUUAUUUGAUGGGAAGUAAUAUAUUUAUGUAAUACAAAAAAUGUAAAAACAAA